AUGAAAACCAGUUGUGUAACUGAUCGAUAUAUAUCUAUUCUUAAUCGGUUGGCUGAGGUCGUUAAAUGGAAACGAACAGACGUUCUUGAAUAUAUAAAGUCCAAGCAAAAUGACUUGGAUCUAGAUGACGAAGAUAUAAAGAUAAUUGAGAAGAACAAGGUCGCUGGUCAAGUCUUCAUUAAUUUAACGGAAGAAAAGCUUUUAGCCCCUCCAUAUAACCUUCUCGGCGGACCAGCCGGAGCCAUAGCCUUUUUGAUCAAAUCACUCAAAGACGAAGUGCAAGCAUCUUACAUCUCAUAUCUAGCAGUGGCAUCAACCAAUGAACUAGAAAAGUCAGAAGAAAGUUUCCAAGAAAAAAAUGACUUACAAACCGACGAAGCUAUUGAAAAGACGUGUAUUAAUGAACCUUCUUGUAAUCUUAUCUCGGCUUCUGGAGAAAUAUUGGUUGGCCCUUACUUGCCCGAAACAGAUGAUUUAAUACGAAACACUGAAGCUACCGAAAAGACAUGUACUAACGAACAUCCAAUUUCGACUUCUAAUUUUCUACCAGAGACUGCCUCUCAGCUUCUUAGAUAUUAUGAUGUUUGGAAUCGUCCUCACAAGGAAUGGCCUAGUCUCAGUGAAUUUUCAGAUCAUCUAUACAAAGUCCAUAACAUUUCCAAAAAAGAUCUUGUACAUUCUUCUUUCAAGAUAGAGAUCGGAAUUUUACAAAAGUUAUUUGCAAAGCAACAUCCCGCUCAAAGUCGGCUUUCAGAAUUGGCUAAUAUGGGUAAAUUAGCUGUUUCUGAGGGGAUAAUCGUGUCUGAUUAUGCUUUAGUGGGGAGAAAUCUCGUUGCAAGAUGUGUACUUUUUCAACAGACGCCACGACUUAUAAAAAAGGUUCGUAGAGCUAAAGUAACUGAAAAGUCCACAAAACAAAAGGUUUUAAAACAAAAAAUUGAACUUGCAAAGGAUUCUGUAAUUCUUAAUGGAUUUCAUCGAAUAAAUCAACACUAUGAUGAUUAUCAUGAGGCAAGCUCAGAUUUGAUUAAACGAAAUCUAGAUAAUGGUGACUCACAUGACGAAAAAGUAAAAAGAUUUAGGAAGUAA